UGGACGACAUCAAUCUUUUUGCCUCAAACAAUCGGCGAUCAAGCUUCAUUACAGUCAUUACCUGGCGACUCAGUUCCUCAGAUACUUUCGACCGAGCGCUGCUGCUCCAGUUUACCCUGCUUUUAAGCGCACAAUAGAUACAUCGGGGACCGUUGUGGAGUUCGAAAAGUCAACAUCUUAUUCACAGAUGCAAGAAUAUCAUAUCAUUCAAAUAGAUAGCAUUCUGCGACAAUCACUCCGCCAGUUCUUCGAUAAUUUUCAAGAGGUCUUCGCCAAACUUGCUGUCGAGACCCAUCCUACGCUAGUCUUCUUCUCCGAAAUUCUGUCAUUCGGUCAACACGUCUCAGAGGAGCUAGACUCGGAACUUCCCCGGGUGCAAACCGUUUACCGUAACAUCCCUUGGUGGGACAGCAUACCACGUCCCAAUUUCCUACGACGCUUUUCUCAGCGUAACAUCUACGAAACAUACUACGAAUUCUUAACGGGGGAAGCCUCAAAUAUUCGGGACCUUGUGGUAUGCAACUCGGCCAGAUACACUAAACGUGGGUUCGCUUGAAGGAGCACCUACUGUUGCCGAGUUUUCUCGUCUUCUGGAGGAAUUCCAGGAUCAUGUCAGAUCGGAUUGGGAUUUUCAGGCUUGUAAUAUCCCACCGCCGAAUCAUUGGACGGACUCAACGUCUUCCAUUUAGAAAUGG